UAUAGCUUUUCUCCUCCAUACCACCAAUAUAUCUACAAUCCAAAACAUGCAUCGUGCUGUAGAUUCCCCUAAGAAUGCCCAUAUGAAUUGCAGUGCCUGUAAGAAUAGAGGGCCAAAGGCCCACAGGAUUAAGUGUGCGCCGGUGCCUUUGACUAAGGCACAAUUGAAACUUAUACUUGUAAGCUUUGAUAGAAAUGGAGACAACCGCCUUAGCAAGCAAGAGCUGAAGGAUGCCUUCAAUUACAUUGGGUCUCAUUUCCCCAGCUGGCGAGCUGGCCGGGCGCUUCGUCGUGCUGAUGACAAUGAAGAUGGGUACAUAAGCGAGGGCGAGAUGGAUGAUCUUGUUGAAUACGUUUUGCAAUGUGGUUACACCAUUUCAUAGACAAAGAUCCUCACCUAAUUGGCAUACUUGGUAUUUGGCAAGGGAAUCGUGGUCCUUUUCUCGUUUUAAAAUUACUCUUGUAGUUUAUGUACU